CUGGCUUCGAAAGUUGGAGAGAUAAGUCACUUGACCUCAAACUUGUUGAUUACCUAUUGCAUUUUGCAUUUGCUUCUCCUCACAAAAAGAAGCCUUCUUCUAUCUACCUUGAACCCCUUAUCACUCCUACCUCGUCUUUAUUUAGAGAUCAUAUUCCCUGUCCUGGCUUGAGCUUUGAACCUCGUCAUCUCAAACCAACCUCGACGUAUCAAGAGAGCUUUUGUUAUCUCUUGUUCUAGACAUACCGUCUUCAGUUUCUAUUUACGACAGGGCUGACGGAUGGCUGCGCUGAAACUCUAACCAACCCUCCUCUCAUCUGAGAACCUUUUACGGCAAUCUUGUUGUUAUUCUUCUGAAUAACUUCCUCUCGUCAUCUUCUUUUAGAAGGCCCCGCUAUAAGUUCGGCAUUACCGACCUAGAAUUAUCUAUUUUCAGUGACGAAACGAAUUGAUCGUCACAAACUCUAGCCGGUAAGUAGCGGAUAAGUCUUAUCUGACUACAGCACUGCCCACUACCCCUUCGUCAUUUUGCCCUUAUCGCGAAUCCAUGGUGCCGUUGAUUGGCCUCCCCCUGAUUUUCACUACCCAAUGGCGAGAAUACGAGAGCCGGCCCGGGCGGCUUACACCGGGAUUCUGGUGCUCCGUAUCAGAGAUAAGCUUCCCAGCGAGCUGAGCGGUUCGCAUUAGGUGCUGCAAACAGCCCCAGCCCCAGCCCCAGCAUCUGCAGUGCAUUUUCAGGUCCCCGAUCUAGUGGCGUCCAGUGAGUGCGAGCAUGGACGCCCCGGAUAGGACCUGGAAUGAGCCUCCCGGGACGGGUUCAAUACCAAUGAUCACUGGAUCAUUGAGUUUGGCCUUCACGGGCGCAGGGCAGCCUCUGGGUCAGCAGCCCCGUAUCAAAUGCCUCCUUUCCUUAGUUCGCUUUGAGUCACGAGCUCUGACCGAAACUCUGGUUGAGUUGGCUACAGCGGUGACGACUGGAGAACUGUUAUCUUCAGGCUUGUUUGCUCAAGCCGAACUGUCUAUAUAAGACACUCGCAGCUGGCUCAUCUCGUCUCCAUCUUGUUCAUCCCAUCACUGUUUUCAAUCAUUUCGUUUUGUCGUCUUGCGUUUACACCACCAAACUUCACUCUCCAUCUAGGCAUCUCGCCAAGAUGGCGCCUAUAACAGAAUCGCCCACUAACAUGCUGCCCUCUCAGACUUUCCCUGAUUACACAGAUCCAUAUCAGAAAUCCAACAUGACUGCCAUUUCCGCCAACCCCGUGGCUAACGUCAAGGCCACUGAGGCCAGCCGUGGUCCUUCUCCCCAGCCUACUCACUUCUCCGUUCCUCUGCAAAAUGGCAAUGGCGGCAACGGCCACCGCAUUCUGCGAUCUGCCACCGUUGGCUACAUUGCCCCUGAGUUCACUGGCAAGCCUGAGCAGAAGAAGACUGUGAAGUCUAUCAUCUCAGCUGCUGGUUUCGUCCCCGAGCCUCAAAUUGAUGAGCAGAUCGAGUGGUUCUACGAGAAGCUUGGCAUCGAUGAUGUCUACUUCGAGCUUGAGACCCCCGAUGUCAUCUCAAGCCACAUCACCUCUCUGUAUGCCGCUAAGGUCGCUUCCUUCGCUCGCGAGGAUAAGCAGGAGGAGAUCCGACUGGAUAUGGAGGCUAACGACCAUGCCAUCUACAUUGAUACCAGCGUUGCUGGCAAGACCAACACUGCUGGUCCUCGCUAUGAGGAACGCCUCGAGGCCAAGUACAUUGAUCACCCCGGCCACAGCAAGUACCGCGUUGAGACUUUCCGAUCUCCCGCUGUCGUGAGCCCCAGCUCCAAGGCAACUCUCCGAUGUUACUUCGUCUACCAGUGCCAGUUUGCCACUCCACCUGAGCAGACCGACCCCAAGGAGACCAACCUGGAGCUCAUUGCCGACAACGGCUUCCUCCGCAAGGCCACUGACAACACCAAGCAAAUCUACCAGGACAUCAUUGAGCUCGCCGUUAACCGAGCUGGUCCCGUCAUCGAGGUCUUCGAUAUUGAGAACACCGACGAGAAGCGAAUGGUCGUUGCCUUCCGCUCUCGCACUGCCCAGGGUCUUUUCUCUGCCCUCAGUGACCUUUACCACUACUAUGGCGUCACCUCAUCUCGAAAGUACCUCGAGCAGUUCUCCAACGGUAUCACCGUCAUGAGUGUCUACCUCCGACCUACUUCUGACACCGUCGAGAGCAGUGGACAGUUCCCUUCAAUUGAGGAGUCCAUUGACCAGAUCUCCAAGGAGGUUUCUCUCCUCUACUGUCUCCCCCACAACAAGUUCCACAACCUUUUCCUCGAUGGACAGCUCAGCCUUCAGGAAUCCGUCUACGCCCACUCCGCUUGGGUGUUCGUUCAGCACUUCCUGAACCGAUUGGGACCAGAGUACUCUACUCUUGCCGAGCUUCUGGAUGUUAAGAACAACGCUCAGCAGGCCCUCCUUUCUAACCUGAAGCGCCGUCUCCGUUCUGAGACAUUUACCCCUGAGUACAUUUAUGAGAUUAUUCAGAACUACCCCGGUCUCGUUCGUGCUCUUUACGCUUCUUUCGCCAACAUCCACCUUGUUAAAGACCAGGAGGAUCCCGUGAAGGUUGUCUCCUCCAGCCUGUCCGUCGAGGUUCUCUCCGACGACGCUCUCAAGGACAAGAUCUCCAAGAACGUCAACAACGAGCAUGAUGAGAUGGUUCUCACUGCCUUCCGUGUGUUCAACAACGCCAUCCUCAAGACCAACUACUUCACCCCUACCAAGGUCGCUCUGAGCUUCCGUCUUGACCCAUCUUUCCUCCCCGAGGUCGAGUACCCCAAGCCCCUCUACGGCAUGUUCCUCGUCAUCAGCUCUGAGUCCCGAGGUUUCCACCUCCGAUUCAAGGAUAUCUCUCGCGGUGGUAUCCGAAUCGUCAAGUCUCGCAACAAGGAGGCUUAUGGCAUCAACGCCCGCAGCAUCUUCGAUGAGAACUACGGUCUUGCCAGCACACAGCAGCGCAAGAACAAGGACAUUCCCGAGGGUGGCUCCAAGGGUGUUAUUCUGUUGGACCCUAAGCAGCAGAACCGUGCCCGUGAGGCUUUCGAGAAGUACAUUGAUAGUAUCCUGGAUCUUCUUCUGCCCGCCGAGACCCCUGGUAUCAAGAACCCUGUUGUCGACCUCUACGGCAAGGAGGAGAUCAUCUUCAUGGGCCCUGAUGAGAACACCGCUGAGCUGGUCGACUGGGCUACUGAGCACGCUCGAUCCCGUGGCGCCCCCUGGUGGAAGUCCUUCUUCACUGGCAAGUCUCCCAAGCUUGGUGGUAUUCCUCACGACACCUACGGCAUGACCACUCUGUCUGUUCGUGAGUACGUCAAGGGUAUCUACCGAAAGCUCGAGCUUGACCCCUCUACCAUCCGCAAGAUGCAGACUGGUGGCCCCGAUGGUGACCUGGGCAGCAACGAGAUCAAGCUUGGUAACGAGAAGUACACUGCCAUUGUGGAUGGCUCUGGAGUUCUUGCUGACCCCAACGGUCUCGACCGUGACGAGCUUCUGCGCCUUGCCAACGGCCGCAAGAUGAUCAUCGAGUACGAUAUUUCCAAGCUGUCUCCCGAGGGUUACCGAGUCCUGUGCGACGACGUCAACAUCACUCUCCCCAAUGGCGAGGUUAUCAACAACGGUACAUCGUUCCGUAACACCUUCCAUCUCCGUGACACUGGCAGUGUCGACUGCUUCGUCCCUUGUGGUGGUCGUCCCGCCUCCAUUGACCUCAUCUCGGUCAACCGUCUCAUCAAGGAUGGCAAGUGCAUCAUCCCUUACCUCGUUGAGGGAGCCAACCUCUUCAUUACCCAGGAGGCUAAGCUUCGCCUCGAGGCUGCUGGCUGCAUUCUGUACAAGGAUGCCUCUGCCAACAAGGGUGGUGUGACAUCGUCCUCCCUUGAGGUUCUUGCUUCUCUGUCUUUCGACGACGAGGGCUUCGUUGAGAACAUGUGCCACAACGCCCAGGGAGAGGCUCCUCAGUUCUACAAGGACUACGUCAAGCAGGUUCAGCUCAAGAUUCAGGAGAACGCCCGCCUUGAGUUUGAGGCUAUCUGGCGCGAGCAUGAGCAGACCGGAACUCCCCGAUCUAUCCUCUCUGACAAGCUCUCCGUUGCCAUUACCGAUCUCGAUGAGAAGCUCCAGCACUCCGACCUCUGGGACAACGAGAAGAUCCGCCGAUCUGUUCUUCAAGAUGCUCUGCCCCGUCUUCUCCUCGAGAAGAUUGGUCUCGACACCUUGAUCGCUCGCAUCCCCGACUCCUACCUCCGAAGCAUCUUCGGCUCCUACCUUGCCAGUCGAUUCGUGUACGAGUUCGGCAGCAGCCCCAGCCAGUUUGCCUUCUACGACUUUAUGUCUAAGCGUAUGGCCCAGAUCGCCAACUAAAAAGUUGAUUGCAUGGAACGGUGUUGAAGCGUAUGAUUUGAAUUGUUUAUAAGCAUAGCAUUAUUUGUUUUCUCUGAUGAGAGAUGAGCAUUGUCACGGUGUGUUUGCCAUGUUUGGGACGGCCCUGGCAUGGGCCUAAUGAAUGGGUCAAGGUUAAAGAAAAGUCAGAAAAGACUAUGUUUAUUUAGUCGAUAUUAAUCAAGAUUUUGAAGUUCAUAUUUU